UAAGCAUUCAAGCGUUUUAGCCAUAGUUAGCAGUUUUGUAAUUAUAUCCAUAUUAUCGUGGUAGCAGAACCUCUGAAGGAUCGCCGACGGAUUAAAAUUGCAUGGGAUUUGUGUCUUUUUCCGGCGGAAAUCGAAACUUCUUGUGUCGUAUCUGAGGGAGGCUGUCUUGGUGUACUUACCCUAUACCCUGUCCUUAAACCAGAAACCGAGCACAUUCUCUGGGUGAAAUAUGGAAGUCAGAGCCCUCAAGAAUCCGUACACAGACUACCACGAAACGCCGGGCGGCGCGCAGUAUCACUUCGACCAUCGAGGCAGACUAACAGCAGAUUUUGCUGGCCGUGUGAGCGACAAGAUCAGUGAGCUGCUGUUUCACAUGGAGAAUGGGCUGAAGUCAGCUGACCCCAGAGACUGCAGUGUCUACACUGGAUGGGCAGGCAUUGCUCUGCUGUACCUGCACCUACACCGCACAUUUGGGGAGAUCACUUUUCUGCAGAGGGCCCUGGACUACGCAUGCCGCAGCCUGCAGUCUUUGACAGGACGCUGGGCAACCUUCCUGUGUGGUGAUGCCGGACCACUGGCUGUAGCAGCGGUGGUCUUCCACAGGCUGCAGAGAAGGCAAGAGGCUGAUGAGUGCUUGAGCAGGCUGCUCCAUUACCAUCAGUUUAUAAUGAGGGGAGAAGGCCUUCCAGAUGAGCUGCUUUUUGGAAGGAUUGGCUACUUGUUUUCUCUGAACUUCAUCAACCAGGAGUUUGAACAGGAGAAGAUCCCAAUCCAGUACAUUCAACAGAUCAGUGAGGUGGUAUUGACAUCUGGGGAAAGCCUGUCCAAAAGGAGCUGCAACCAGGAGCAGAGCCCCCUGCUGUACGAGUGGCACCAGAAGUACUAUGUGGGACCUGCUCAUGGCCUGGCAGGCAUCUAUUACUUCCUGCUGCAACCAGGAUUUGGGGUUGGAGAGACCAGACUGCUUAAGCUAGUGAAGCCCAGCGUGGACUACUUGUGCUACCUCAGGUUCCCAUCAAGGAAUUACCCAGCCUGCAUUGGGGAUACCCGUGACCUCCUGGUGCAUUGGUGUCAUGGAGCACCUGGAGUCAUCUACAUGCUCCUGCAGGCCUACAAGGUGUUCGGCAUGGAUCAGUACCUUGCAGAUGCAUUGCAGUGCGGGGAAGUAGUCUGGCAGAGGGGGCUCCUGAAGAAGGGUUACAGCCUGUGUCAUGGAGUGGCUGGCAAUGCUUAUGUGUUUUUGGCCCUCUACAAGCUCACCCAUGACCCCAAGCACUUGUAUCGGGCCUGCAUGUUUGCAGAAUGGUGCAUGGAUUAUGGUAAACAUGGCUGCCGGACCCCUGACAGGCCAUUCUCACUUUUUGAAGGCAUGGCAGGCACUAUCUACUUCCUGGCUGACCUUUUGCAACCCAUGAAGUCAAAGUUCCCUGCUUUUGAGAUAUAGAGCCAUAAGGAUGAGUCCCCUGUAAUCUCCCGAAACAAGCAUGGCCAUUGUUGACUCCCUGAUUAUAACCGAGUUGUUUCUCUUUCAAAUAACAGUUGUUAAAUAAGUUGUCUUGGUGUCCAUAUGACAUCAUGAAUCUAUUUUCAUGUUCUUUUUUUCAUGAUCUCUUUCUACUGUUACUCACAGUACUCAGAUUCUGUCGCACACACAGAGAUGGAAUGUUAAAGUGCAUGAAGUACAAAUCCAGAACAAGGUUUUGUUUCAUCCAACCAGUUGAGUACUUUGUCAGUGUGACACUUUAUAUUCCAGUGGUUGGUUGAAACAAAACUUUGGUCUGGAGUUGUACUUCAUGCACCUGAACUUUCCACUUCUGUUCAUAUAUGUCUUUAGAAAGGCUGCCCCUUCUUACAACCUUAUAGUGUAAUACAGUGGUACCUUGGAACACAAACUUGAUUCGUUCCUUAAGCCUGGUUGAAUUUUCCCAUAAGAAAUUAUGUAAAUGAAUUUAAUCCAUUCCAGAUUCCCAAAUGAUUGCCAUUUAAACCUAUCUACAUACCUAACUAAUGAUAAAAAGCAUUAACAAUCAAUAUAAAACUAAUACACACAUGAAAAGCACACAUACAAAAGCAAUAAACACAAAUGACAAUUCAUGAGCACUUCUAUUAAGGUGAGCUCAUGGCAUACUGGAAGUGGCAGAUGGAGGAGUUAUUGUUUGGAAAGGAAGAUGCUUCUCGAUCCAUACAAGUUUUAGCAGGUCUGUAUUUUGUGAUAUUUCCGAUCAAGUUGUAGCUACAUUUUUUUUCGACCAACCAAUUCGAGGUCUGAAUUGGUAGUUGAACACAUCUCGACCCAUAAAAGUUUUAGCAGAAAUGGUUGAGGUACAAGUCAGAAAAAAUUCAACAGAUCUGUUCAACGUCCCAGUCGGUUGAGUUCCAAGGUUCUACUGUACAUGUUAAUUUACAUGCUUUAGCUGUUAUUUUUCCAAUGGGUUUGAAGGGUAUACAUCCUCUACACUACUGAUGCUAUUGAAAAAGUAGUUCUGUCUCAAUGAUCCAUGGUCAAAAACUGCAGUGAGAAGUUUGAUUUUAAUUGGUAAAUGUUUAGUAUCCUAAAAUAAGUACUUAGUAAUAGAUUGACUGGCAGUUGAAUAUUGAUAACCUUUUAAUUCUCAGACAUGCACAUGCAAUUAGAUGAGUGUUGACUGUGAUGUACACACUUUAAGUUAGAAAAGCAAGUUUUUUUGUGUAUGUGUGUGAAGGGUCCUGCUACUUUUAAAUAUUAGAAUAUACGUUACUUUUAAUGAAAUGCCCUUUGGUUAAGAAUUUAGACAUCUGUAGUACUUGUAUAAUUUACAAAUGUGAACUAUGUAUGAUCUGUACAGUGCUCUGGUUUGUAUGUUGCUGUGCAAUGAGCUACAUAUGGUAUAAAGAAAAAAGUGUAAUUACAUCACUUGUCUAAAAAAUUAACUGCCUUUCAAAAACUAUGGUUUUAAUAAUUGGAUGCUAUUCUCUUAAGACUGCUUGUACAGUCAUUGUAAAACAAUAAAAUGGUCUUUCGCCUUCUUUACUCAUAUAA